AUGUCUACGACAUCGGCUUCACCUAUAUUCUAUGUCACGCACAGGAGUUGCUUGAUCAAGAUAUCAACAAAGAAGUCAAAGUCUACUGCUGCUGCCCUCCCUCAACUACAAGAUAGCAAGGCAAUCAAGACAACAUCGGCAGCAUCACCAACAACAUCAAAAACAGCAGCUGCAAUCACAGGGGCAACAACAACAACUACGAAGCAGUUGGUGGAUGUAGAGGCAUCGAUCAUACAUAUCAAACAGCCUCAGAGACCAUUGGACGACAUUCAUCUAGCAAAAGAGAAGGAACUACGUGGCUUCAAUCGACAGGGUCAAUGGGACUACGUGUCGUAUGAGCGUGGCGCCAACAUUGAUGUGAUGGCCAGCGAGUCGCUACCAAUCACCUCACUCAUCACAUGCGGUGUAGUGUUGUGUAAUGUAGACUGCCAGCAACACAUUGUGUUGGUGUUGCAACUAUCAUCUGGCUUGGUUCAACUUGGUUAUCUCGAUGACAAUUCAUCUUUGGAGUGUUCAUACUUUGUUGCAUUGUGCGAACCAUUCACAUACAACAAGAAGAAGCAUUGUCGACUCCUUGAUGGACCCAUGCUAGUCUGCCAUGACAACGACUCCAACAAGAUCACAGUCCACUCACCAAGUACAAGAGAUGACAACAUUUCGACGACACAUCAUACUCUCCCCUUUGAAGAGAAGGACAUCACAAUUCAUUCAUGUUUCAUUGACGUUGGCAAUACAGGCAGCGUAGUAGGCUUAAACAUGAUUGUUCAACAAAGGUCACCUCAGUCCAAGUUGAUCACAAUAGAUAUCAACACAAUGGAGAGCAAGAGUAUCAAGGCUGACAGCAAACAACUGGACUCACUACAAGUUGUCAACAGCUAUGCAAACGACAUUGACAACAGAGUGUUCUUGUUGGCAUCGAACAACUCAGUCUCAUUGAACAGAUACAAGAAGGUCAUAUGUACCAUCGCGCUGCCUCAUCCUCCAACACAAGUAUACAUGGUGAACAUACCUUAUGAGUUCAAGUUGGACAAGAUUGAUAAGAGGGACCCUUGGGAUCAGGGCGCCAUCAUAGUUCACUUUGGCGCACAAGACCUCGCUCAUAUAUAUUCAUUGUCUACAAAGAAUCGAUUAAAUGAAGUGGCAAUGAUCAAGGAUAUAUGGAUACAUGACUUUUACUCUGAUGGCAGUGAUCAGAUUCUGAUCAGACACUCACAGACCAAAGCGAUCACACUCACAUUGAUCCCAAUGCACAUGGGCAGUAGUGGUGGCAACAACAAUCAAGAUGGAGCAUCCGAGCAUCAGAAUGGCAAGCUAUCAAGCAAGUUCAGCUUGGACAUGGUCGUCGAGUCAUUGGAGAUGCGAUGUACGCAGGCCACUUCAGAGCUGGCCUAUCUCAACUCUACGCUACGCUCAAAGGAGCUACUACUGGAGCACUCGCUCAAGGUGCUCAACUCACUUGGUCGACCAAAUUCAAACUACAACACUCCUGGCACGCCACUGCGCGACGGCAGGGUAUGGGCGGACAUCGACCUUGUAUCACUCUUCACCAAUGAGAGUGUGGAGGGGCAUGCUGGACCAAAGCAAGCGCCCGUACAAUCAUACCCCAAGCUUAGCGCAUCCGAUCGAUGGAUGAAGGAUCACACUCUGUACUGUCUAUUCAACUUUACCAACCCUGGUGUGGAGGACAUUCUGAUCACAUCAAUAUUUUUGUGCAGUGACUCGAUGACAUUUGAGUGCAAGUCGUCAUGUUCCAAUGUGACACAACUUCAACGACUACGCGGCAACAUAACAUCGGGAUCAUUGGACGAGCGUACAAUCUAUCUUGAAUGUACAUUACCAAUUGUAUUUGAUGUCAAACAAACAAUCACAGCGAUUGUUGAAUGGCGCAAACUACAAACUACCAACAACAACGAGUCCAAAGUAUCAUAUGUGGACUCAUUCACACUUACCAAAGAGUCUUUGGAAGCAUUCAAGCCACAUCCAAUCAACUUGGACAUUGUUAAUACUUUCCCAAUCGAAUUCCUAUUUAAUAUAAAUCAGCCAACCCGACAACAAUCGACCAAUAUCGAUCUGCUCCAAGAGCACCUACAAACGGCCAUCACCUCCUUGUUUCCAACCCUUGGCGCAGACAGUUGCAUUAUUGAUAACAAUGGAUUGGAACUGACGUUCAAUGAAGGAUCGAGUCAAAUGGGUCCAAUCCGUAUCAACUUGGAGAAGAAUAGUCGAAACACCUUCCUCAACUUAUCUAUGCAUUCCUUCAAAGUGUCCAGCGUAUUCUCAUUCAUCUCCCAACUCAUAACCAAGUUAUCCGGUUGUAACGACAAUAGUAAUCUCAGUGAUGUUCAUAUAACUUUAUCAUUGAAUAAUGGAUGGUAUCAAUCAUUGUCAAAGGAGUUGUGUCAGAGUUUGAAUCAGGAGAUGAAGCUGAUAGAGGACAAGGCAGCAAUCUUUGACAACAAACUCUCAUUGAACAAGAGGGACCAACGCGAGCAAUACAAACAAUACUACGAACUGUACCAGAGCCUCUCAGUGCUGAUGGCCGACACCGAAGGCCUACUCUAUAACAUGACAAUGAUGGACAAGUACUACAAUUGCGCGAGCCAAGGCUCAAAGUAA